GAGGUUAUUGCAAAAGAAAAGAGAAUAAAAUACAAUACACAGACCACAAUCACAAUGCAAUGAAAUCAUCAAAUACAAGAAGUGAUUCAGUUUAUUGUUUGUUUAGUGUUUUUUUAGACAAGUGCGUGUAGAAAUUCAUUCUUUUAUCCUAUUUAUAUAAUGUGGAAAUGUCAUAAAUGUGGAAAACCAGUAUAUUUUGCGGAAAGGAAACAAUCGUUAGGUUAUGACUGGCAUCCAGAAUGUUUACGCUGUGAAGAAUGUGGGAAAAGGCUAAAUCCUGGUCAGCACGCUGAACAUAAAGGAGUACCUUAUUGUCACGUGCCUUGUUACGGUGCUUUAUUCGGUCCUCAAUUAUUUGGUCACGGUACUAGAGUUGAAUCUCACAAGAGUUUUGGACAACAAAGAGAGACCUUUAAGGUUGGAAAUGGGCCUACAAUACCAAGAUCACAUGUUGAAGACAAGUUAAAGAACUACAAUCAGUACUUUGACGGAAAAAGUGGAGAAAUACGUAGUAGAGAAGUGAAUGGACGUCUUAUAUUGGAAGGUGCUUUAAGAGUCCAUUGGGGCAUUCAAGGUGUUAUACAUUUAAAGGAAGACGAUGAUCAACGAACGGUGGUAACAGUAAGGAAACGUAACUCCUGCCGCCUACAGUCAAAUGCAGAUUUUGAUUCAGAUGAUGAUCUUACUGGUAUAUCAAGAGAUAGUAGCUUUAACGAUUUCUCAGUUACAUCUACAAACUCAAAUUUAGAUUUAGAUAUUUCGAUAAGUAGUUUAAAUUUAGACAAUAUUAGUUUAUCAGAUACAGGCAUAGAGUCUGGUGGGGAGACAUCUGAGACAAAUACCGUCGAGACUAGCCCAGUUUCGCCUCAACACGAUAUUCUGAUAAAAAGUUCAACACUUCCGCCUAAAUUAGAUUUAAAAUCAAUGGAAUGGGACGAAUUAGACGAUCUACUGCAAAUAGAACGUAAAGUUGACAAUUCCUGUAAAUUAUAUCAAACUAUGCCUAUUCCAUUGCCUUCCCAACAUUCUGAAUCGGCUUCAACUAAUAACUGCGAGAAUGGAAUCGAUACAACUAACAGUGAAGCAAAAAGUGAAUGCGAUGGUGGUUCAAACGAUGCACAUAACAUAGAUUCUUGCGACAAUAAUUGGAUUGAGAAGAGUAACCAUUUGAAUCGCUCAAUGUCUGGCCCAGACUGUUUGGAACGAAUGCGACAGACGAAAUCGCCAGAGUUCGAUCAAAUUUCAAUUAAUAGUACAAAUACGGAUAUAUCAAAUUUUACAUGUCAAGAUGACGUUGUGAUUCGAAGGCCGCCUAAAACCGGUUCUACCGCCAUAAAACGGAGGCCCGGUAAACGCUUGUCCAGAACUAAAUUGAAAAGAAGGUGCUCUAUUAAUGGCCAUUUUUACAAUCGAGAAACAAGCUUCUUUACGCCCCCUCACGGUAGCCAAAUGAGCGUUUGGAUUACUUCACUUGUUAGCACUCAAGAUGUUAUUAAUUUAAUAUUAGAAAAGUAUAAAGUCGAGAGUGAUCCCGUCAAUUUUGCGUUAUUUAUUGUUCACGAUAAUGGAGAACAAAGACGGCUGAAAGAUGAUGACUAUCCACUGUUAGAACGUGUACUUCAAGGACCCCAUGAAGAUGUAGUUCGAUUAUUCUUGAUGGAUGGUCACAGCACUCCAGAAGUGAGUAAUGAAGUUGCUCAGUUUUUAAAUUUCUCGCUAGCUGAAAUGAGAGCAAUUCUUAAUCAAUAUUAUGUGCAAGAGGAACGUGAAAUAGCUCGAAUACAAGACAAGUGGUUUGAAAUGAAACGAAGAAUUAAAAUACGAAUGGAGGAACUCAAAGUGCGGCUGUAACUUUUUUUAACCAUUUGAUUGGUUUUGUAUUUACGCACAUCACAGAAUGUUUGUUGUGUGUCACUUUUAUUAUAUUUUUAAUUUUA